AUGUGCCGUUUGAGGUUCAAACUUUUGUUCCAAACGGCCACGCGCGACCGUCAGAGGCCGUUUAAGAAAAUAGUCGCAAUCCCAACCCCCGAACUAACGGCGCCGUCAUUAACCCCCUUCGGCUCCAGGUUUCGAUUCGAGCUUGUUCUUCGGCCAAUUCAUGAGGUAUUCAUGGCAGUGGUUAGACGUGAUGAAUUAUUACUUGAGAGCAAGGAAUUCAUAGCUGCCUCGAGCUCGUCGGCUUCGGAGAACAGCAGCAGCGUCGUGGUAAAAUCUCCCGGGAUAAGCAGUCCAUCUAGUACUUCUCCAGCUCAUAGAAGAACUACAGGCCCAAUUAGAAGAGCAAAAGGAGGUUGGACAACGGAGGAGGAUGAUACGUUAAAAAAAGCAGUUGCAUCUUUUAAAGGGAAGAGUUGGAAGAAAAUAGCUGAGUUCUUUCCGGAUAGAUCGGAAGUGCAGUGCUUGCAUCGAUGGCAAAAAGUUCUGAAUCCAGAACUUGUUAAAGGUCCCUGGACUCAAGAGGAAGACGACACAAUCUCAGAACUGGUUGCAAAAUAUGGUCCUACAAAAUGGUCUGUCAUAGCAAGGUCAUUGCCCGGUAGAAUUGGGAAACAGUGCCGUGAGAGGUGGCACAAUCAUUUGAAUCCACAUAUUAAGAAAGAUGCUUGGACUUUGGAGGAAGAACUUACUCUGCUUAAUGCUCAUCAGGUUAAUGGAAAUAAAUGGGCGGAAUUGGCUAAGCUUCUACCAGGAAGGACUGACAAUGCAAUCAAGAAUCACUGGAACAGCUCUCUGAAGAAGAAGCUCGAUUUCUAUCUUGCUACAGGAAAUCUUCCUCCAGUUACUAAGAAUGCCUCCAUAGAAGCUGCCAAAGAUGCCGAAGAAAUCAAUCGGACCACUUCAGAUGGAGAACUACAUCUCGACUCGACUAAAUCAGAUUCAGCCAUCUUAGCCUCAACAUCACCUACUGCUUCAUAUAAAAUUCAGAAUGGGAAGGAUAAUAACCUGCCAGAAAUUGUAACCAAAGAUGACGUGUCCGAAUUCGAGAGGCGUGAAAUAACUGGAAAUAUCGAUGAAUAUCGUAUUACCGGAGCAGCAUACACUCCGAUACGUGGUGCACUGUACUAUGAGCCACCAAUUAUCGACAAUUGCAAUCAGCUGGAUGCACAUCUUGCAAAUAUAUCCUUGAUACAUUCGAAAUCAGAUUUUAGCCCCACUAAGUCGCCCAUGAUUUAUUUCACUCCACCCGGCUCGAAUUUUAGAAGACCCUGUGCACAAACCCCAGAAGAUAUACUAAAAAUUGCGGCAAAAAGCUUUCCAAAUACGCCGUCUAUACUGCGGAAGAGAAAGUCCAAAACCGAGCCGAAGGACAUAUCUAAUGGCGAGCAUAAUAGUGACAUCAUCAAUAGUACCAAGAUAACUGGGGGAAAAGAUGGUUCAGAGCUUGCUUGUGAUGACGACGACAGGUUAAGCUGUCGCAAGUCGUUUAAUUCAUCUCCUCCGUAUAGAUUGAGUUUCAGAAGGACUUCGGGACGUAAAUCAGUUGAGAAGCAGCUCAAUUUUGCGAUUAGCUUAGAGCAAGAGGGUAAGGACCAGAAUGCAAAUUCUGGAGAGUUUGAGGAGGUCAAACAGAUGAUCCCUCCUGCAACAAAGUUCGUCUACACGCGUCAUAGGCGAGGGUAA